AUGGUUGAUAAAACAAAACUUCCUGACAUAAAAUUUUAUUUUGAAAAAAAAAAAAAAUUUUUACAUUUGGUUCAGUUAACAACAGCAACAACAACAACAACAACCACAAACAUGUUACUAUUGUUUUAUGUUUUAACAUUUAGUAUACAAGCAACGGUGUCGUUUGGAAAAAGGCCCAACAUAAUAAUAAUAUUAACAGAUGAUUUGGAUGUGGAAUUGGGAGGAUUAAAUCCGUUAAAAAAAACAAAAGUCAACAUAGGAGACGAAGGGAUUUACUGCACUAAUGCAUUCGUAACGACGCCGAUUUGUUGUCCUAGCAGAAGUUCAAUACUAACAGGUUUAUACCUUCAUUCGCACGGAGUUGUAAACAAUAGUUUAGAAGGCGGUUGCAGCGGUUUAAAAUGGCAAAAAAAAUUCGAAACCAAUACAUUCGGGUCGAUUUUACAAAGUCACAAUUACAAAACAUUUUACGCCGGUAAAUAUUUAAACAGGUACGGUUAUAAAUCAUCCGGAGGUGUUGGACACGUACCUAAAGGUUGGGAUUGGUGGAUCGGAUUGGUUGGUAAUUCUGCAUACUACAACUACACGCUAUCCGUUAACGGAUCGAAAGUUCGUAGGGGAACCCAAGAAUCGGAUUAUUUAACGGACGUUAUAAAAGAAUAUUCAUUGAAAUUUUUAAACGAACACCAAACUUUUAACAACGAAUUUUUAAUGUUUAUAAAUCCGCCAUCACCACACGAACCUUUCACUCCGGCUAAAAGACAUUUGGGAAAAUAUGAUAAAAUCAAAGCACCGAGAACUCCAAAUUUUAAUAAAUUAACGGAUAAAAAUGGUAAACAUUGGUUGUUGAGACUUCCGCCGAAUGAAUUACCCUCGAACGUUAUCGAACGUAUCGAUACGAUAUAUCGAAAUAGAUGGGAAACGUUAUUGUCAGUCGAUGAACUCGUCGAAACGAUAAUUAUGAAAUUAAAAAAAUUAAAUAUAUUGAAUGAAACUUAUAUUAUAUUUACAUCGGAUAACGGUUUUCACAUGGGACAAUUUGAACUCCCGUGGGAUAAACGACAACCCUACGAAACGGAUAUAAGAGUACCCCUAAUGAUUCGUGGUCCGGGAAUAAGAAGUAGAAAGAGGAAAAAAUUUAAAGAUGUCGUACUGAAUAUUGAUUUGGCACCCACCAUAUUGGAAAUGAGUGGAAUAAGGGAAAAAUACAAAAUGGAUGGAAAAUCGAUAUUAAACGAUAUUAUCGAAUCGAAUAAUAAUAAUAAUAAUAACGAUAUGAAAUCGAGAAAUUUUCUCGUUGAAUACGAAGGAGAACAUGAUGUGGGGAGAGGGAAAAAAAAUCCUUGUUAUGAAGAUAAUAAUAAUAAUUUAAAAUUAUGUUACCCGGAAACAUGUUGCAAAUGUUUCGAUUCGAAAAAUAAUACUUAUUUAUGUUUGAGACGUAUUUCCGGUCGUGAAAAUAUCAUUUUUUGCCUUUUUGACGAUGACGAAUCCUUUAUUGAAUUCUACGACAUUAAUCGUGAUCCCUACCAACAAAUUAAUUUAUCCCCUCAAAUAAAUAUUAAAUUCUGGACGUCCGUACUCGAUUGUUGUCGUCAUUAUAUGAAAUUUAAUAUAAACGUCGUCGAUUAUUGUUUUCAUCGAUUUAAAAUACCUGAAAUCAUUUGA